UUGAGUCAACGCUUGCGCCAGUCGCCCUCAAGUGACAGCUGCUUUGUGCGACGUCUUGUGGAGGCCAUGGGGCGGCAGUGGGGACCCUCCAUGAGGGUGGCAGAGCAGGCUGGCUGCGUGGUGAGCGCCUCGCGGGCCGGGCAGCCGGACACGGGCUCGUGGAGUUGCAGCGGGGUGAUCCUGAGCCGCAGUCCAGGCCUGGUGCUGUGCCACGGGGGCAUCUUCACUCCUUUCCUGCGGAAGGGCAGCGCGGCGCUCACCCAGACGGGCGCCGCCUUCCUGCCCGGCGACAGUUGCAGCGAUGAUCUGCGCCUGCACGUGCAGUGGGGACCCACGGCUGCCAGCCCCGCGGGCCGCGCAGAGCAGGAACUCCCGGGGCUGUGCACGCCUCAGUGCGCAAGCCUGGGCCUCGAACCCGGCGUCCCGAGCCACGCUCGCUCGCGAUCUCUGCAGCCACCGCGGCCAGCGCAGCUGCUGUUGCUGCUCAGCUGCCCAGCCUUCCGCUCCCACUUCGCGCGGCUCUUCGGAGCCGAAGCGGCCGAACAGUGGCACUUCGUGAGCUCGGCGCCCGACGACGUGGUGUCGGAGGAGGAGGAGGAGGACCAGCUGCGCGCGCUAGGCUGGUUCGCGCUGCUGCGAGUGCAGAGGGGCGCGGCGGAGGAGGAGAGGCGCGGCCCGCCGUUGACAGUGGCACCGCUGGGGGCCGUGGCCAAGGGCGCACCGCUGCUAGCCUGCGGCUCUCCAUUUGGCGCCUUCUGCCCGGACAUCUUCCUCAACACGCUGAGCCGCGGCGUGCUCAGCAACGCAGCCGGGCCGCUGUUGCUCACCGACGCGCGCUGCCUGCCAGGCACGGAAGGCGGCGGAGUGUUCGCGGCGCGACCUGCGGGCGCGCUGGUGGCGCUGGUGGCCGCGCCGCUCUGCUGGAAGGCCCGCGAGUGGGUGGGCCUCACGUUGCUUUGCGCUGCCGCCCCCCUGCUCCAAGUUGCCCGAUCCGCGCUUGCCCGCCUGCACCCGGGCUCGGCCUCUCUGUCGGUGCUGCUGCCGCCCGAAGUGGGCGCGCCACGGGGCCCGCCCCUGCGAGACCUCGGACCCCCGUGGGCAGCCUCCGCCGUGCUGGUGGAGUGUGGUACUGUCUGGGGCUCUGGAGUGGCCGUGGCACCUCGCCUGGUGGUGACCUGCCGUCAUGUGGCUCCCCGGGAAGCAGCCAGGGUCCUGAUACACUCGGCCACUCCCAAGGAUGUGGCAAUCUGGGGGCGAGUGGUGUUUGCCACUCAGGAGGCCUCUCCAUAUGACAUAGCAGUGGUGAGCCUGGAAGAGGACCUGAAUGGUGUCCCCACGCCUGUCCCCGCUGAGCACUUCCAUGAAGGUGAGCCCGUCAGUGUGGUGGGCUUUGGCGUCUUCGGCCAGGCCUGUGGGCCCUCGGUGACCUCAGGCAUCCUGUCAGCCGUGGUGCGUGUGGAUGACACCCCAGUGAUGCUGCAGACCACAUGUGCCGUGCAUGGCGGCUCCAGCGGAGGACCCCUCUUCUCCACACGCUCAGGGGACCUCUUGGGCAUCAUUGCCAGCAACACGCGGGACAACAACACGGGGGCCACAUACCCGCACCUGAACUUCAGCAUUCCCAUCACUGUGCUCCAAUCAGCCCUGAAGCAGUAUGGUCAGUCUGGCGACCUGUGUGGCCUUCGGAAGCUGGACCAUGCCACUGACCCUGUCAGGGUGGUGUGGCGGCUGCAGCGGCCCCUGCCUGAAGCGCCACGAAGCAAGCUCUGAGCCUGUCUCCCUUCCAGGGAAAAGGCAGACAACUCUAUGACCGUGAGCAGUAUGUCGAUGUGACAGCUGUGACACCUCAGUCACCUGCCAGGGCACAGCCCAAGCCACCUCUUCAUCUUCAUCCACUUGACUGUCCAGGUACAAAGUCCUGUGCAGCCCUGUGGGUCUACUUUGGGGUGCUUACUUGAGCCUGUCUCAUCUGUUUCCCAGAACUAGCUCAGCAGUAUCAAUGUUCCGUCUGGGGGCGCUGGUCCAUCGGGCAGAUGCUGCUGGAAAGAGUGGCCCAAGCCUGGUUUGGCAUCUCUCCACCUGACAGCCCCUGGCCAGGGCUCUUCCCGGAUACUCUCUGUACUGCCCUUGGAAGCCCAGAGCCCCAGCAGCCAGUAACAGGAGUGGCUUCCUAUUGUCACACGAAUACACAGGCAAAUCCCUGAGAGCCACCUGGGCCUUCAUUCUGACACAGUGCCUUCAUU